AUGAAUUGCCAAAGAGUAAAGUACAUAUUACGUGGUUUAUCUGAUAACUCAAACUUGGAAACAUUAGACUUCAGUCAUUGUAAGAUUGGAGAUGAAGGGGCGAUAUCCGUAGCCAAAUAUAUAUCGAAACAUGACAAACUGCGAAAUCUUAUUUUGGUCGACAAUGUGUUUGGUCCGAAUGGUAUCGAACAUAUAGCACACGUACUGAACAAUACAAGUUGCGGUUUAAGAAGCUUGGAUUUGCGAUUGAACAAUAAACUUGGCUCCGACGGCGUUGCUCACGCUGCGGUUGCAAUUGCACGAGGCUGCAACUUGACAUCUUUGAAUAUAUCCGGCUGUGGUAUAAAACCAGAUCCACUACAAAAGCCACCAGCUGGUGUUUGGUCCGCCUUAAAUGCUGAGAAUCCUCCAACUUGUGGUGAUUUAUUAGCACGAGCUAUCGGCUUAGUCAAAACCCCACUUAGGUCGUUGGAUAUAAGUGUAAAUAAUAUUGGAUCACCAAGUGAUAUAACGUUAUCGAAUGCAAUUUGUCUUAGUUAUUUGAUAGACAUAAACUUAAAAAGAUCAGGAAUGAGUUCGAUGGCAAUGGCUAUUGCUGAAUCUGCAGCUGCUGCGCAGAGACUGAGGAGAGAGGCCGAAAAGGGAAUAAGAUUCAGAAGAAGCGCUGGUAGAGUUGUGCAAGCUAGACGAGUUGCUAAGGGCAUGAACAUAGAUGCUGAUCCAAUAUUGCUGGCUCAACAGCUAUCAGCGCGCCCUUCCAUUGUAUCUGUGACUUCAGAAGAAGGGACUUAUAAUGUUCUUGCGCAGCCAUUAUCGACGGAUUUCGGAUUUGUACCAGCGCUUAAGAGUCCCUUACAAUCAUCUCGUACAUCAUCAAUAACGGGUGCUUCGACAUCAAGACGGUCAAGUCAUCACGCAAUUUUGGAGCCGGUUAAAGAAGUUCGUCGCACCGUACUUGUGCGACGUCGUUCAGAUGGUUCGCUUUUGGAGCCCCGUUAUGCAAAUACUGAACGCCAUAUAAAAAUAUAUAUCUCAAACGAAGAUCAAUAUUAA